CCCAUAUUUCCGGUAUUACGUGGGUGAAAAAAGUCAAAGUGCAGGGAUUUCGUGCUUUCAACGUCCGUUGGGAACGUCGUGACUGGUCGUUAUGUCCGCGCCAAGCAGCCCCACAAGGCCGUCGCAAGGAAGUCCGAGUCAACGCAGUCCUGGUAAAACGAGUCCAUUGCGCUCUUCACGAGAGAACUCUGCGGCACCGCCGUCUCCUCCCAAAUCCCCUCCCAAGCCCGGUGUCGUGGGGCCGCGGGAGUGGGAGAAAUCGCUCACGGUGAAAUGUCGGCUCUGCGGUGGUCCCAAGUGCCGACGGUGCAGUGAAUCUGCUGCAUUGGCCAAACCAACUAGUCCCGUGACUGGCCUCCAUGCCGACUGGGCCACCGACUCGAUGCUAGGCAUGAUGCGGCCAUCGUCGCGGUUGUUUCAAGCGUAUCGUAUUGUCGAGCAGUUCCAGAGGCUGAAGAUCAAAGCUGUGUUCAACUUGACAUUGCCGGGAGAGCAUCCGUACUGUGGCGACGGCCUCGUGGCCAGUGGGUUUCCGUACGACCCGGAAACCGACCUUAUGGCGCACAACAUCCAAUGCUACAAUUUUGGAUGGGAAGACAUGACAACCCCCACGCUGGCUUUCAUGGUUGAUCUCGUCAAGGUCAUGACGGGCGUGCUCAGCUGUGCGAAUCAAAAGUUGGCGGUGCAUUGCCACGCCGGGUUUGGCCGCACGGGACUUGCCAUUGCAUGCGCGUUGGUGUUUCAACACGACAUUUCCCCUCAAAAUGCGACAGAUAUUGUCCGCCGCGGCCGGCCAGGAUCCAUCCAAACGCCUGGUCAAGUGGAGUUUAUCCGACUGUUUUACGACUACACUCACGGCUCAAAACUUGUAUAUGCAAUGCCAUCGAUCCACGACCGAUUUACUCUACACGAGAUGGCCGAGCGGGAAGGCCGGCAAUACAUCCACUCGUUGCGCUCAACACUUGGCAUCGCGCCCCCCAGAGUGGUGUCAUUUCUAUGCAAAUCCCUUGAAGCUGCUGCUGCUGCUUCCCCCAACGCCCAGUCGUUGUGCAUGAUCUACAUCACGCACCUCCCCGCCACGUCUGACGGGAGUAUGGCAUCGCAUUUUGAGCACAUGAAGGGGCUGCUGGGGACCGACUCGGACGUGCCGCCGCUCGGCCAAGCGAUGGUCGUAGCGGCGGACGAACUGUGGCCACACAAAGUGAAAAUGAACACGGGCGAGUUCUCAGACAUUCCACCCGAGUGCGUCGGGGGGCUACUCUUGGACUGGCUCGAGCACCUCCAAGUUCCAAUAGUCCAACACCCCAAGGUCGUGCUGGCCACGGGCGCCGCGUUCAACGCCCUGCCCCUGCUCACGCUGCGCACACUCGAAUGUAUCUUCAACCUGACGCGGACGUUGCUGACCAAGUUGCUCUCAGAACACACUCACGCAACAGCGUCGACGACGGCAACGAUAUGCGACGCUGUCGUCGGCCGCACGACCAUGGCAUGCCUGCAACUAUCGGCGGGGGCCGCCAAGCCCUACUUUUCCAAAGUGCGACAUCUACUCGACACAUGGACGUGCCCAAAGCCCCUACCACUCAACGACGGGCGAAUAGCCGAGCUCAAUCUGGCACCAGUCGAUGCCGCCGGUCGAUUUGAUAGCCCCAUGGAUCGGGGGGCCGUCGGUCAUGGCAGCUAUAGCAGUACCAGCCUCCAUGACGGCGAAACUAGUAAAUGGGACCAGAAUCCCCACCAGCCCCUCUCCUCAGCGCAUGCGUCGAGCGCGCCGCACGUUGGCGACUCGUCCGGCUUGCCCCCUGUAAAGCCCCCGUCCCCCGCGCACCCCCCGCCUCCUUCAGGAGCCUUCUCCAGCUCGUUCGUGGCUGCCAAUACAAUUAAAAAUACCGACGAUGCAGGCGAAAACCCUGUCAUUUUGGACGGCAUGUCCAAAUCGACGUCCCCCAUGUUGGGUGACACUGAGCUCACACCGUCCACAAACAGCAGUGCCUCUCUCCACAGUGUAGGGGAAUCGAAAUUACUAUCCCCACUACACCAGUCGUCGUCGUCCCCUACGAAAGAAUGUUCCAUGGAGCCGCUGCUACUCCUGUCGGUCAAGGGCAGUGUGCCGCGGUCCCUGCCGGCCCUUCACAUCCCCAGAAAGCAAUCUGCCGCUCAGUAAUCAAUCACACUAGUAUUUUUAUCUCGUA